AACAACAUUUAUGGGAUCAAUAAUUAGAUCAUCACCGGGAACACUAACAUGAUCAAUAAAAGUUUCCUUUUCAAAUUCCUGGUCCUGCAAAGUUGUGUUCUGCACAGAAACAUGGACCCAAAUUUGUUCCCGGAAAAGUUGAACCAUUUAAUUGGGCGAAAAGGUUUGUUUAAUGUUGUUGUCAAGUCCGAGGGGGGUAGUCCUCAUUGGAACGGUCCCAGGUCUUUUGGGGUGCGGACUUUCGUUUCGGAUCCAAGAAUUCUCAAGAAGUAUGAACAUGUUUUGGACAUUGUUGAUGAUGACUCAAAGGAUGAUGUUGAUUUGUGGAAUUCUCUUGAAAAUCUUAGUCAAAAAGUUGAAACAGUGAUUGGAUCAAACAACCCAAGUUCUAGCCAAGGCGAGGCGACUUCACGGAGGAAGAUGGAUGCUAUUGAUGGGAAUGAUCCGGUUAAGAGACAACUGCUUGACGAGCUCUCAACUACAACUUGCAAGAAGAAGAUUAUUAGAGAUUAUACCCCGGGUAGAGGUCCACCAACAUUUAAGCUUGGAGGGCAAAAUUUUCAUCAGAUUGGCAGUUUGGUACCCCGAGAUGAGAUAGUCCCUAAAUUUGCUCAACUCUACAUUUACGACACGCAAAAUGAAGAUUUCAAUAGAAUCCACUCUGUGAGGAAAGAAGACAAUGUCCACUCAUUACAUAUCGAGAUUGUUGCUAACAUUAGGGAAAUGUUGGAUACUCACAAUGUCUUGGUAAAGUCAUUUCAAAUGAUUGGAGAGAAAAUAAGCCAAGAUUUGGAAUUCAAUCUCACUUUGAAGCUAAUUGGAAAGAGGACUUCUGAUCCAAGAUUGUACAAUUUACCAUCAGUUGGUGAGCAAUGGAUAUUUUUUGAAGACGAUGAUGAUGCAAGUGAUGUCUACACUCAAGAAAGCAUACGGGAGAGUAAAUUUCUUGCAUGGAUGAAAGCGAAUGAAAAAUAUCCUUUGGAAAAGACUUUAACUUAUCCUGAGUUUCCUCAAAAGUUUGUUUGGAAGGCUGACCAAAACAUGUUUGGGAACAAUGUUGGGAAUUCAUGGCCGCUGAUAUACUACAUCGCCAACGUUGUCUUCUAAGUCAUCAAGGUUUGACCUUAACCGAGGAUCAAAUCAAGAAUAAUGCCUUGAUUGAAAU